CCUCGACCUCCCAGGCAGGUCAGUUGCUCCAGGGACGCCGAGGUUGGCUGGCGGUGGGGGGGGGCCGGGCCGCUGGGGCUGCUCCUGUGCUGACACAUUAACUCUCAGAGGCCAGGAGGAGGGUGGAUGGUCACUCAUUACCGAGGGCCAAGGCCAAGGGGCUGGGUGGCGUCCGGUCACUUAUGUAACCUGUGGCAUAUAUACGGGCACCCGGGCCUGUGGAGCUCUGCCCCCUCUCAGGAUGAAGGUGGCUGUGGUGAGUACCCCGGACCCCGCACAGAUUGCUGCCUCGGGGAAAGGGCGGCAGCGCCGUGCCCUCUCCCAAAGGGUUUCUGCCGCCCGUUCAUCGGGGUCAAAGGUCUCCCUCCUUCCUGUCGUGGUCUAGCUGGGGCAAGGGUCGUGGGUCCAAGCCCCGGGCUCCCUGCGGACCCGGGUCUUGAGAAGGAGAUGCCGGGUAGGGGCGCUACCAGAGCCGUGCACCACUGGGGAAGCAGGCAUCCUCGGCGUCGACCCUGCAGGUACGGAUGCCAGGAGCCUGGAGUAUCCACCACUCCCGCGCUGCGAGGGGCCGGGCCCUGGGGCGCCCGCUGCCUCGCGGCUGCUCCGCUUCCAACAGUCUCGUGCCCCCUCGGGGGUGUCCUCCCUCCCUCACGGAGCUGGUGUUGUGGUGCAACAGGUUCACUCCCCCACCCAACCAGGACCCGGCCCCUUCCCUGGUCUACCGGCCUGAUAUGGAGCCAGAGGCGGCCAAAGACAAGGGCAGCUUCCGAAACUACACGUCGGGCCCUCUCCUGGACCGUGUCUUCGCCACCUACAAGCUCAUGCACACGUGGCAGACCGUGGACUUCGUCAGGAGGAAGCAUGCCCAGUUUGGGAGCUUCUCCUACAAGAGAAUGACUGCCAUGGAGGCUGUGGACAUGCUGGACGCGCUGGUGGACGAGUCGGACCCCGACGUGGACUUCCCCAACUCCUUCCACGCCUUCCAGACCGCCGAGGGCAUCCGGAAGGCCCAUCCCGACAAGGACUGGUUCCACCUCGUCGGGCUCCUGCACGACCUGGGGAAGGUCCUGGCUCUGGCAGGGGAGCCCCAGUGGGCAGUCGUUGGAGACACCUUCCCAGUUGGCUGCCGUCCCCAGGGCUCUGUGCUUUUCUGUGACUCUACCUUCCAGGACAACGCUGACCUCCAGGACCCUCUGUACAGCACAGAGCUUGGCAUGUACCAGCCCCACUGUGGGCUCGAGAACGUCCUCAUGUCAUGGGGCCAUGACGAGUACAUGUACCAGAUGAUGAAGUUCAACAGAUUCUCCCUCCCCCCGGAGGCCUUCUACAUCAUCCGGUUCCACUCCUUCUACCCGUGGCACACGGGCGGCGACUACCAGCGGCUGUGCAACGAGCGGGACUUGGCCAUGCUGCCCUGGGUGCAGGAGUUCAACAAGUUCGAUCUCUACACCAAGAGCUCUGACCUGCCAGAUGUGGACAAGCUGCGGCCCUACUACCAGGGGCUCAUUGACAAGUACUGCCCCGGUGUCCUCCACUGGUGACCGGCCUGCCCAGCCUGCCCGCGCCCGGCUGGGUGCCCUGGGGUGACAGCCACUGUCAGGCACGGUGGCGACCCACCCUGGCCUUUCUAGGGGACCCCACAUACCCAACUGCAUUCCCUGCCCUGUUGGCCCCUCUCCCCGGUUGCAAUAAAGACUUUGAAGCAGCUCGUGAGUCGGACCCUCACACCCUGAUAGAGGCCGAGGCGUGUCGUGGCAGGGCAGUCACUUGUGGGGGCGGGGGGCGAGAGAGGCAAGUCCGCGGUCGCGUGGACACGCACGCCCAGCUGUUCCUGCUGCCAUAAAUGUCUUGCUUGUCCUCCCCGCUCUGGUGUCGGAACGUGGACUCACCCUGCCCACCUCCACGUUCUGAAAACAGCCACCAAGUCCUCUGGGCUCAGAACCCUUAGAGAAAACAAUGCAAAAUACCUGACAGCUAGAAAAACGCACUACAGGAAACAUCAUGAUAAAUGUUCAGGUUACCUGCCAUGAACAUGACCCACGAAAACACACCGAGACACCCUCCGUGGGCCCCAGGUGCAGCCCUCACCUUGGCCGACAAUCACCUUCUUUGCCUUGUGGUUUCGCCCCCCAAGUGUGCACCCCUCAUGCUGCAGUUCAGCGUCAGCCUUCCCUCUACUAGCGGUUUAUUCCUUCGAAGAAAGUGGCUCGUGUGUCUAGGGACUUCCUGUUGGGAUUUGCUGGUUGCGUCCCCAUGACAUCUAUGAAUAUACUUUCCUCCAUCUCUCUUGCUAAUUGGUAAAUAAAUUUCGAGGCUUAGUCAGAUUCAGGUUUGACUUGUUGAGGGCAGGGGAGCCCUAGAGGUGGGGGCUGUGCUUUAUCAGGGAGCCCCGCUGUUUCCCGUGCUGUCAGAAGCUGCUGUGUGGCAGUUUCGGGUCUAAGAACACCCUCCAACGGAUAGAGUGAGAACAGCAAGGCUCCAGUUCCAUCUUCACUCACCUGGUAGGACCCGGCGGUAAAGAGCAGCUCCCCUGGUGCUGUUUGGUUCCUGUUUACGGAGGAAGGGGAAGUAAAUGCUCCUGU